AUGCAUGUCACGGGGUGCCGGGAAGGCGGCGAGGGAGGAGCAAAUGGGGAAAUGAAUCCACUGCAGGAGGUGAUAGAAGCGCCACCGGAGUUUAUUGGUCACGUCAUUGGCGAGGGCGGGUCCACCAUUAAGAGUCUGCAGUGUGAAACGGGAGCAACAAUUACCAUAAGCGAUGGCUGCAGGGUUUGCAUUACCGCUGACAACAAGGAGAAGUUGAGUGACGCUACGAGUCGUGUGCGUGACAUCAUAAACGCAGCCAUUAACCCCGAUUAUGAGGGACCUGAGGGGAGUCGACUGCGUAAGGAUGCAGCAGCGUGGGCAACCAAGCGUGCAGAAUUACUUGAUGAGGUUACUCGGUUACGCGGUGAAGGAAAGAAGCAUGAGGUCAGCUUAACGCUGGAAGAGGCAAAGAAGGCGGGCGAGCAAAUGCGUUUGAAGAACCAGGAGGCUGCCAAUGCCAUUGCAAGGCACAACAACGAAAACAAGGGUAAAGGGAAGGACUACUUUGACAUGCAUGGCCUGCGAGUAGAAGAGGCAGUUAAUAUGUUGAAGUCGCGUGUUGAACGCCUGCGGGAGGCCUCCGUGGGUGAGGUGGCUGAAAUGCAAAUUAUUACCGGUGCCGGUCGGCACUCGGGACCUGAGGGUGCAAAGUUGAAGAAGGCAGUCGCCGACUUUCUCCGCGAGAGCAACAUUGAGUUUGUCGAGGUUUCGACCGCGGAGUUGAGGGCAAAGAUAGUGGGCAUUUGUCGUCCUGUGAAGGAAACUAAGGUGAAGAAAGCGACAUGCAAUUGUUUUUGA